CCUCGUGUAAUGGUGUCCUCUCGGUGAGAUGAGACGACGGACAUUAUCCGCGGGCAAAUGGUGCAUAUAUCGAGUAACGUAACACGAGACAGUACAAUUAAAACGUUUAUUACAUUUUGAACUGUUACACAUCGAUAACAAAAUACGCUUAAAAUAAUCUCAGCUAACCGAGUGUCGGUUGUACCGCCGUAUAAUCAAAUCACUUAAAAUGGUAAUGACGAAUAAUUAACUCCUGUAAAAUUACAUGUAAACAAUUAUUUAACUGCUCUGCGAUUCGAAAUAUCGAAUAAGUUACAUAAGAAGUUUUCUCGUCAACGCUAGAAUCGCUCGAUCGUUUCCCUUUCACUUAAUUGUCACGGAGAUCAAUUACGAUCCUUCAAUCGAGGCGUAUUAUUUGUGCCGAAUUAAGUUGCGCAAGGUCGUCCCGAGGGAGACGAAAGUAAGGUCAGCUGAUAGAAAUCAAUAUUCCCCGAAUCGUCCGCGCGACACGGCCGCACCAAGACCACACCUUCGCUUUUAAUUCCGUUCGCGCUUAUUAAACGCGCGGGCGUGCGGGAGCCGAGGUGUUUUCCCGUCGCGCUAGACACCGUCCGAGAAUUCGGGACGGCGAGAGAUGGACGGCUGGAAGAGCUGGAAAAGGUCGGAGAGCUCGUUUCUCUCCUGGUACCAGCGCGCCAGAGAGUCCUACGUUGCAGCUUGGUUCUUCGGGAUGUUUCAGAGCGGCGGAACAAUGUCGACGAGCGCCGCCCUCGGCGGCGGUGGCGGAGGCGUCGGCGGUGCCCUCAGCCUGAUGGGCUGCGUGAGGGAGGCCUCGCCGCCCCCUCAAAACCACCAUCAUCAGCAGCAUCGCACUUUCGGCCUCGGCGAGUUCCCGGCGACCCAGCACAGCGUCGACCCUCUGCCCAAAGAACCAAAGAAGCGCCGUUUCCAUCCGCUGCGCGGUCUCCGGAAGAUCUUCCGGCGAAAGAGCCGCGGUGCCGCCGAUGCACGUUCCGUCUCCAAUUCUGCUGAUCGGGAUGCCGAAUUGGCUCGCCUCCCGCGGGAGGAGAUCACGAUGAGGCAUCCUGCGGGACGCCCCGAGGAAGCGCGUAGCAGAAGCGCCAGCGAACUCCUCACCGACUCCUGCGAUCGGGAAAGCGUAUUCCUUCGACGAGGCGGGGUGGAGGACAGUUUCGUCAAGUUACGAGGAGGCGCCGGCAAAUUGUCAGUGUCCCACGAUAGCGUUUUCCCGGGAGAAGUUCCUCACACACGGCCUCUCUCCUCGCUGGCCAGCCUGGCGACGCUCGAGCGGCGGCAGACCAGGAAGAGUAACGAGAUCAUCGAGCACAAGGAGUACAAUCAUCAUCACGUCGCACAAAGGCACCGGAUAUCCCUUCGGGUACUCGAGCAAAUAAAAACGGUCAUAGAGAACAGGAACCAGCUGGCCUCGGCGACCUCGCCGGAUACGGCCAGUAUAGCGCAUGCUGCCGGCGAGCGGUAUCAGCAGGAAACCACCGAGAACCGCUUCGCCGUGUUCGAGAGACAUGGGGAGAGGAGCUGCGCGGAGGAGAGCCAGCAGGCGAAGAUUACGAGAUCAACAAAGGAUUCGCUUGAUCGAAUCGUUCCGGUGGCCAAGGAAGAUUUACCGCAGUUAGAAAGCGCGAGUCUGAGCCACACGGCGGCGCAUCACCGGAUCUCCGUGCGUCCGAAGAACCGGCGUCCACCGCGUCGCACGACGCCGACGACGACACCGUCCAGCGGUACCGCGCCCAGCUCGCCGUCGAUACCACCGACCAUCGCCGAGGAUACUUUGGACAGUUUGGAGCAGCAGGAACAGCAGCAGCAGCAGCAGCAGCAGCAAUCGACCAGCAAUGCGCCGUCACCGACGGAACCGCCCAGGGCCAUCGGCGUGACAAGGAAGUCAUCGAGUCGACUGUCUCGCAACUCCGAUAUCUUCGAGGAGCUGGAGUUGAGGUUGCCGCGGAAACCAAGCGCGACGUCGCUGUCACCGGACAGUCUGGAUGCUACGACAGCGUCUCGCAGCAGUGCCGAGAUGACCACUGCUACCGAGGAACAGCAGGCAGAAGUCAGAUGGAUGCCGGUCGCCAGGAGACCGUCCAACCGGAUAUCCAAGGGCUCCGACGUGUUUGAAGAGCUGGAAGCGAAAUUACCGCGCAGAAGAUCUUCGUCGAACCGGUUAUCCAAGUCGCCUGACAGCCUGGACUCGUCUCCCGGCUGUUGGUUCUCCAAAUCUACGGAGGAGGGCUUUGACAAGCUGAUGGAGUACGAAGAGACCGUGAAACCGGUGGCUGCGGUCAGAAGGCAAUUGCUGAAUCCGAUCUCGAAGUCCACUGAUCGCGUUUCCAAGUCGUCAGAUAGUUUAGAGGCAAUCGAGCCGCUGGCCAGCGACGACUCGAUGGAGCGACGACGAAGUAGCUUUGACUUCCGAGCACGUACAAGUUCGAAAGCAAUGUCCAAGUCGUCGGAGAGCUUUGACGUGCUCGAGCAGAGCGGCUACGCUAGCGAGGAUAUCGGCCAAGAGUUGCAGAAGAGAAGCAGCGUGUCCGACAUCAAUUUAUCGCGUGGAAGAAGGCUGUCGAAGAGCAUCUCCAAAUCCUCCGAGAGCUUCGAGAGAAUCGACAUAAGCGACAUGAAGGACGAUGUCGAGGCGGAUGUGAUACUGGAUGACGACGCGCCGAAGAUGAGACGGUCAAGCAAGAGAAUGUCGUCGGAGAGCUCGGAUAAUUUGGACGUGGAAGACAGAUUGGAGAACAGGAGGGUCCGAAGAACGCCUAAGAGAAUACCGAGUACCAGUAUAGUAGAUGUGGUAGCUUCUGGAGAUGAACACGAGGGAGAGAAGCGGCCGACUCCUACCAGGAAGCCAUCGAGGCUUCAGAAGUCCUCUGAAAGCUCGGAGCUGGGUAGCACAGACACUCUGGAUUCGGACAGGAGGAACAAGUCGUCGGAGAGCACCGAGACACUGGAUAGUCUGGAGAAAGACUUGGAGCAGGACAGGAAGGAAGAAGAAAUCACGGACAGCGUGAUAGACAGGCGUGAGAAAAAUGAUUCUUGGUCCAGCAGAAACGCACCGACGACCGAUUCCGAUCAAGCGUCGAUGGGAGACGACACUGAAGACUCCAAGUCGCUGAUUUCCGCCGACAAUAAAUACUACUGGCGCCAGUCCUCUGAGCCGGUGUCUAAAGAGAACUUAGGUAUCCAACAAUUGUUGGCCAUUACAAUAAUGACCAGGGUGGCUGACAAUGGGAAUAAUCAACGCGGCUCGGUCAUCUAUCCGAAGAAGAAGCAGAUGAGCACGUCGCAGCCGACGUCACCAGUGGCCAAGCAAGAGGACACGAAGAUGCUUUUCGACAAUCUGCUAGUGAGCAAUAAGAACGACGAAGAUCUGCAAAACAUGCUCAACGGAAACAUAUCGGAGGUGUCCACCGACACCAAGAGUUUCAAGGAGAAGCUGAUCAUGUUCGAGAAACUUGGGAAAUGAACGCGUCGGCGAUAGAACGAUGUGGAGUCAUUCUUUCGCGAUUCUUCUUUUUGAUUAGCGGAUCGCUUCAUUAACGGCCGAUGCUUAAUGCAGAAAAGGAAGACACCGGAAAAGAUAAUCAUGAGAAAAGAUAAACGAUCUCGUUUAGAGCGCUUGGCAGAUAUGCAUGUCGUAGACUAGUGUUCUCGUUAUUGGAACUAUUUGGAUCACGAACAGAGUAAAAAGAAAGGAAAUCGACGGUUGCAGAUAAUUAUUUUUCAUAGAGGACUUUUUUGAUCAUCCACACAGAGCUGUGGAUUUGAAGUAAUGAAAAAUCAAUUCAACGAGUAAUUAUACAAGUAUAAAAAUUAAUCGGAAAAUAUUUUAAAUAUACACACGUGUUUAGAGAAAGUAAAAAAUUUUCAAGUACCAAAAUGAAGGUUGGUAUUAAGAUUACUUCUAUAUAAUUGCAUCUUUUCAUAUAAAUUAAUCAAAAAAUAAUUACGGCGCGGUCUGACGUUAAAAAUCGAAAGAAAGCUUUCAGUUCACGUUGAUAAUAUCCGGCUGUUUGGUCAUCGACGUAUUUAUUGAGGAAAUCAGGCUUAUUCGCGACGGCAUUUUUCAACUCUCGCGUUCGUGUUUCUUUUCAUUUCUUUUCUACACGACUGAGAACUCUAACACUUGAGAUUAUACCUGAUCGCGCACGAUGCUCAUCACCACGGAAAUGCAUUCGCGAUUGCGCAUACAUUCUCCUAGGGAGCUUUAUUUCACUCGCAGAUAGUUGUACAGUAGUUUAGCAAAGAUGUGAUCCUUUCGGCGUGAUGCAUUUAUAUAUACUGUAUCGUGUAUUAUCCCAUAUCGUGUAAAUACGAAAGGAAAGUUGUGCGUUAUCACUUCAAUGAUUCUCUGAAGAAAAAAAUAUAUAUGAAUAUGUGUUUGUCUCUCUCACACACAUACACAUACACACAGACAGACACACACACUAUAGUAUUAACGUUGAUAAAUGUAGAAGAGACACAAAGUAUUUUAGGCUGUACGAUGGUCUAAGAGAUGUUACGUGUGCAAUUGUAUAUUUUCGAUACUCUCGAAAAACCGUUUAUUCUAUAUACAAGAAAUGUAUUAAUCCCCCACACAAAUUGCCCAUGGACUGCCUACACGUGAAAAGUGUAAUUCGAAUUACGCUAAAAUGGGCCUACAAUUCCUCGUCGAUGAAACUUAUCACUAAUUGUAAGUGAUGUUAAUAUUUUGUCUCGAGUUAAUUAAGUACCUGUAGGAGAUUGUUAGAAGAAGAGUGAUAAGAGGAAAAUUGUGAAAUUGUCGAUAGUCGGCGAUAGCAUGCGAUCAUCCCCCCGUUUUUCUCGACCUAGGAGGCGUAGAAAAGGCUGUAUAGGAGCAUAUCGUACUCGUUUAACUCCACGAGAAAUGGUUUUUGUAGCCUUUCAAGUGCCUUACCGAAUCAAUCGAGGAACCGAACUGAAUCGUACGUCGAUCAUAGAAGAUGCGGAACGUUAUAUCAAACCCCCUCCCCAUUUAGUUAUUCGGAUGAUGAGUAUAUAUUUCGGAUCCCGAAAGAUGCAAAGAUCGUCUCUUAGAGUAAAUAGAGAAAACUGGAUUUAACCACCACGUCAUUGUAAUAUUAUGUAAUAAUAUACAGAAUAACAAGAGGAAUUCUACACACAGACAUACAUACACGCGCGCAUUUACACUGAACAGAUUUUCUUUCCAUUGAUGUAAAUAAAGCUGCCAUCGCAAAUUA